AUGAUAGGAAAUAAAUUGAGGCGAUUUAAUCCAGCUUGGUUUGACCAAUACAACGGUUUUUCAAGUUGGAAUAAAACCGAGAGGUUGGCUUCUCAUGUGGAUGAUGUCAAUAGUUUUCAUAAUAAUGCACGCAAAAAGUGUGAUGAUUUGAUGAGGCAAAGUCAAUCUAUCAUACAUGCUAUGCAUAAGCAAAGUGAUACGAUGAAAAACGAGUAUCGUAUUCGGUUGAAUGCCUCAAUUAGUUCUUCUAGAUAUUUGUUGAAUCAAGGACUACCAUUUCGAGGCCACGAUGAGUUAGAAAUUUCUGAUAAUAAAGGAAAUUUUCUGGAACUUGUCAAAUAUACUGCAGAACAAAAUGAAGGUUUGAGUAAGAUGGCAGUAGUUUUUCGUUUUGUUGACAAGAACGGGAUAGUGAAAGAGAGAUUUAUUGAUCUUGUUCAUGUGAAAGAAACAUCUGCUUUAUCUCUGAUGUCUGCCAUUGAUUCUUUGUUUGCUAAACAUGGUUUGAGUUUAAAAAAAGUCAAAGGACAAGGCUAUGAUGGGGCAAGCAAUAUGAAAGUUUUGUUGAAUGUGGUUGACAUGAUGUAUUUGGAUUGCUGGUGGAUGAGUCUAGUGAUGUUUCUGACAAGGAGCAGAUGGCAGUAG